CAAUAUGCUGGCGAACGCAGCUCAAAGGCUUUUCCCUGCCUUUGUGCUUCUUUAAACUCCUCGUAUCAGCGUGUUCGACGAUCUUCACGUCCCUGCAAUCUGAAAAAUGUGUCGCAGCGGUUGGGUGUUGUUGUUGCUGUCACGUUUGCUAUAUGUCUGUUGCGUCAGCGACAACAUUAUGGUGCGGGACUACUUCACGAAUAAAGGCGUAUCCAGCGUCGUGGGCUUCACUUGCGGCUCUAUCGAGCACACCGCGAAAUUCGCAAGGACGUUCAACAAGAUCUACACGCUCUCGUCAAUGUGGAAUCUCGACUCCGUGAAUAAACUGUCGUCGCGCGCCUUGAGGAGGCUUUUGUACGGCAACUACCACAAUUUAGGCGUUUACGUGGACACACGAUGCAACGGUUAUAAUUACACGAUAGUCUACUCCGAGGCGACGAAGUACCUGUUUUACGACGAGACACACAAGUGGCUGAUAAUGGGAAACAACUUGAAAGACACCGUGAAUUUGCUGAACGACGACACCUUCAGCGUGAUGACCGACGUCACGAUCGCUAUACCGUCCCUCACCGGUUACGACCUGUACGAAGUUUACAACCCCUGCAAAGAACGCGGUGGCUCCUUGAACGUGACCGUUUUGGGUUAUUGGACCGAGAAAUCCGGCGUAGUGAUCAAGCUGAAGCAGUCCAAGUUCGUGAGGCGUUCCAAUCUGCACGGUAUGAGGCUCAAAGUCGGAAUCCUGCAGGUGUCAUACAAAGCCCACAAUUUGUCGGUGGAAGAUAUCAUAUUGGAUCACAACUUGAAGGUGAAGUACGGCCGGUCUCAGUUUCUCUUCACGCUCUUGUCGUACAUGGCCGAUCUCUUUAACUUCACAAUAGACAUCGUGGAAGUGAAUUCAAAGAAGCGGCAAGACAAUACAGCGCCGAUAUUCGCCGCCUUUCAAAAAAAAACGAUAGACAUCUCUGCCAGCCCGAUCGUGAUGAAGAAGGAAAAAUUAAGGAUGGGAGACAUCAUUGGACCAGUGUGGCCGAUGAGAACAUGCUUUCUAUUUCGCACGAUAUCCUCGGCAAACUUGAAGACGAAGCAAUUCCUGCGGCCGUUGAAUAUCAAAGUAUGGUACCUGAUACUCUGCACAGUAGUGGUCAGCGCGUUGAUCCUGGCGAUAUUGUUGAGGCGAGAAGGCAUUUACAACGUGAAGGAAGGCUAUGACAUCUCCAUCCUCCUCAUUAUAGGCGCUCUGUCUCAGCAAGGUGCCGUAGUGGUUCCUUAUCAUUACGCCGGUCGUAUAGCGUUCCUGCAGAUUAUGCUGUUUAGCCUGCUGAUUCUAAACUACUAUUCCGCGAGCGUCGUGUCGGAUCGAAUGAGGAACAGAGCGCAGAAGAUGAACGACUCGUUGAUCAAUCUGGCAAACAGUAAUCUGAGAAUAGCGGCUGAGCCUGUCCCUUAUCUUCGUACUUUUCUGCAGUCGUCGGAGAAGGAGGUGCAGUAUUUCAUGGAGAAACGAUGGGACAGAGUACCGGAAUCCAAGCGAUACAUGUCUCUAACGGAGGGUCUGAGUAACGUGGCCAAAGGCGGCAUCGCCUUUCACACAAACAUCGAUUCUGCGUACCCGUACAUCGAGCGGAAUUUUGAGCCGCGGAUGAUAUGCGAGCUGACGGAGGUCCAUCUUUUUCGCGCGAUGUUGGCUCUCUGGAGCAGCCACAGGAGCCCAUUCACACCGCUGUUUAAAGUGGGUCUCAUCAAGAUUUACGAGAUCGGCAUACGGAAGCGUCAAUUAAAGCGCUGGGUGCCGAGGAAGCCCUUCUGCCCGAAGAACAUGCUAAUCGCCGAGCCGCUGUCGAUUCACGAAGCCGCGCCCGUUUUUGCGUUUCUCAGCACCUCCGCCGCGUUCGCCAUCGUAAUCUGCAUCACGGAGAACUUCGUUUACUGGAUGCGACCUAUGCGAUUAUCAACACCCGCCAGCGAGGAGUGACUCGUCAACGCCGAAAAAUCAGCACCUUUCGAGACUGAUCGGCCGUAUAUCCGUCGCGCGGGGUGAAGUACCUCUCCGCCCCAACGAUAAAUUGUUGUUAUACAAGCCGAAUUUUUCGCGGAUACAGCACGCCCCGAUAAAGCAUUAUCGCCAAUUUGUUGUUCGCUCGUCGGAAAUCACGCGCGCAAAUAAUUAAUUGCGGCGUAACAAUGUAUCCGACAGUGACAUGUUACCUAGUUCCCAUUUCUUGGCAGGACUCAGUGUCGCAGUAGCAUGAAAUUAUUCAUUUAUUCAGUAACGUGAAU